UUUAUCUGCUCGACAGUGUGCUGGUUACGUUUGCCUGAAGCACUUGUGAUUUAGUUUGCUCACACACAGCAGUUUAUUUUUAGCAGGUGAACUCAUCAAAUGAAUUCAAAACUAUACUAAGGCUUCGCUUGUUAAUAAGUCAAGUACAUAGCAACGACAUUCUUUUAAAAGACGACACAUUGUGUAAAACAACUUUGUACGAAAUGAAAAUAUAUGUUCUUUGAUAAGGAAGAAACUGAAUUAAGGUGACACUAACGCAACAUAGCAAGGUGCGCAAUAAAAAGUAAAAAAAAAUGAAAUGUGAUUACAACGUCUUACAAGAAAUUAAUACAAAUGCCAAGACAAGCUAUUCAAAUACAUUUCUUUUUUCCUAAAAUUAAAAGUCUAUUUUUUGAUGAACUAUGUUGCCAAAUUAAAUGAAUAAAUUAGGAUCUGUUUGCUGCUAAAAGUAUGGUAUACCACAGGACCGUUUGAUAUCGGCUAAGAGAUUUGAAACUAAUCUAAUAAAAUUUAGGAAACAAUGCUAAAACAAAUAUUUUAAUUAAGAAAAUCAAACUCAAAGAGGAUGAAUUAAUGAUUGUAUUUUGAAAUACAAACAAGUCGACAUUUUAAUAAAGUGUGAUAAUAAAUUCAGCCUAUAAAAAUACAACAAGAAAAGAUCGACAAAGAGCUGGUGCUAAUAUGAAACUGCAUUAUUAAUAAAGACAAUUAGUAGGUAAUCAUGCUUAGCUAAAUGCUUAGGCACCAAUAAAUAGUUCUAAAGAAAAAACUCAGUGUUAUGGUGUUUUAAUGGCUGUUUGGAAAAUUAUAAUACUCUCUUGCAUCAUGAACUGAAGAUAAAAAAAAGACCAGCUUGCUUAUAGAAGCAUCCGGCACGGUCCAUUACUUUUUUUCAAAGUUCUUUCAACGCAUUAUGAUAAUGAUACAAUUAUAGGAUAGCUUAUUAAAAAAGGAGAGGAUGUUAAUAUUAUGAUUAAAGGUGAAUUAAACAUUUCAACUAUGGCAUCAAAGGUUGGACAUGAUACUAAUAAUGCAGAUUUGCUUAUCACCAGCAAAACCGAUAUUAAUCGUGUAGAUGAAGAUGAAGGUAAAGCGUUUCUGCUUGCUUCGAAUAAUGGAGAUGAUAAAAUAGUGGAGUUAAUUAUCAACGGCGGAGCUGAUAUUAAUCGUGUGGAUACAGAUGGGCAGGAUGCUUUAAUGAUUGCUUCACAGAAUGGACAUGACAAAAUAGUAGAGUUACUUAUCAACGGCGGAGCUGAUAUUAAACUUGUGGAUGAAGAUGGGCAGGAUGCUUUAAUGAUUGCUUCACAGAAUGGACAUGACCAAAUAGUGGAGUUACUUAUCAACGGCGGAGCUGAUAUUAAAUUAGUGGAUGAAGAUGGGCAGGAUGCUUUAAUGAUUGCUUCACAGUAUGGACAUGACAAAAUAGUAGAGUUACUUAUCAACGGCGGAGCUGAUAUUAAACUUGUGGAUGAAGAUGGGCAGGAUGCUUUAAUGAUUGCUUCACAGAAUGGACAUGACCAAAUAGUGGAGUUACUUAUCAACGGCGGAGCUGAUAUUAAAUUAGUGGAUGAAGAUGGGCAGGAUGCUUUAAUGAUUGCUUCACAGUAUGGACAUGACAAAAUAGUAGAGUUACUUAUCAACGGCGGAGCUGAUAUUAAACUUGUGGAUGAAGAUGGGCAGGAUGCUUUAAUGCUUGCUUCACAGAAUGGACAUGACAAAAUAGUAGAGUUACUUAUCAACGGCGGAGCUGAUAUUAAACUUGUGGAUGAAGAUGGGCAGGAUGCUUUAAUGAUUGCUUCACAGAAUGGACAUGACCAAAUAGUGGAGUUACUUAUCAACGGCGGAGCUGAUAUUAAACUUGUGGAUGAAGAUGGACAGGAUGCUUUAAUGCUUGCUUCACGAUAUGGACAUGACCAAAUAGUAGAGUUACUUAUCAACGGCGGAGCUGAUAUUAAACUUGUGGAUGAAGAUGGACAGGAUGCUUUAAUGCUUGCUUCACAGAAUGGACAUGACCAAAUAGUAGAGUUACUUAUCAACGGCGGAGCUGAUAUUAAACUUGUGGAUGAAGAUGGACAGGAUGCUUUAAUGCUUGCUUCACAGAAUGGACAUGACAAAAUAGUAGAGUUACUUAUCAACGGCGGAGCUGAUAUUAAACGCGUGGAUGAAGAUGGGAAGGAUGCUUUAAUGAUUGCAUCAAAACAUGGAAAUGACAAAAUAGUAGAGUUACUUAUCAACGGCGGAGCUGAUAUUAAACGUGUUAAAGUAGAUGGAUGGGAUGCUUUAAUGCUUGCUUCAUUUAAUGGAAAUGCCAAAGUAGUAGAGUUACUCAUCAACGGCGGAGCUGAUAUAAAACGUGUUGUACCAGAUGGAUUGGAUGCUUUAAUGCUUGCUUCACAUAAAGGACAUGACAAAAUAGUAAAGUUACUUAUCAACGGCGGAGCUGAUCUUAAACGUGUUGAAGCAGAAGGAUGGGAUGCUUUAAUGCUUGCUUCACAGAAUGGACAUGACAAAAUAGUUGAGUUACUUAUUACCAACGAAUCUGAUAUUAAUCAUGUAACCAACAAUGGAUCGGAUGCUUUAAUGCUUGCUUCACAGAAUGGACAUGACAAAAUAGUAAAGUUACUUAUCAACAGCGGAGCUGAUCUUAAACGUGUUGAAGCAGAUGGAUCGGAUGCUUUAAUGAUUGCAUCAAGAAAAGGACAUGACAAAAUAGUAGAGUUACUUAUCAACGGCGGAGCUGAUCUUAAACGUGUUGAAGCAGAAGGAUGGGAUGCUUUAAUGCUUGCUUCACAGAAUGGACAUGACAAAAUAGUAAAGUUACUUAUAAACAGCGGAGCUGAUCUUAAACGUGUUGAAGCAGAAGGAUGGGAUGCUUUAAUGCUUGCUUCACAGAAUGGACAUGACAAAAUAGUUGAGUUACUUAUCAACAGCGGAGCUGAUCUUAAACGUGUUGAAGCAGAAGGAUUGGAUGCUUUAAUGCUUGCUUCACAGAAUGGACAUGACAAAAUAGUAAAGUUACUUAUCAACAGCGGAGCUGAUAUUAAACGUGUUAAAGUAGUUGGAAGUGAUGCUUUAAUGCUUGCUUCAUUUAAUGGACAUGCCAAAGUAGUAGAGUUACUCAUCAACGGCGGAGCUGAUAUUAAACGUGUUGUACCAGAUGGAUCGGAUGCUUUAAUGAUUGCAUCAAGCAAAGGACAUGACAAAAUAGUAGAGUUACUUAUCAACGGCGGAGCUGAUCUUAAACGUGUUGAAGCAGAAGGAUGGGAUGCUUUAAUGCUUGCUUCACAGAAUGGACAUGACAAAAUAGUAAAGUUACUUAUCAACAGCGGAGCUGAUCUUAAACGUGUUGAAGCAGAAGGAUGGGAUGCUUUAAUGCUUGCUUCACAGAAUGGACAUGACAAAAUAGUUGAGUUACUUAUCAACAGCGGAGCUGAUCUUAAACGUGUUGAAGCAGAAGGAUUGGAUGCUUUAAUGCUUGCUUCACAGAAUGGACAUGACAAAAUAGUAGAGUUACUUAUCAACGCCGGAGCUGAUAUUAAUCGUGUAACCAAUAAUGGAUCGGAUGCUUUAAUGAUUGCAUCAAGAAAUGGACAUGACAAAAUAGUACAGUUACUUAUCAACGCCGGAGCUGAUAUUAAUCGUGUAACCAAUAAUGGAUCGGAUGCUUUAAUGAUUGCAUCAAGAAAUGGACAUGACAAAAUAGUAGAGUUACUUAUCAACGGCGGAGCUGAUAUUAAACGUGUGGAUGAAGAUGGACGGGAUGCUUUAAUGCUUGCUUCAGAGGAUGGACAUGACAAAAUAGUUGAGUUACUUAUCAACAGCGGGGCUAAUAUUAAACGUGUUAAAGCAGAUGGGCAGGAUGCUUUUAUGAUUGCAUCAAGACAUGGACAUGACAAAAUAACAAUAUCCUAG